AUGCCAACUACCUCUUCAUAUAGCAUACAUCUUGAAUUUGGUGAUUACUCGAUUGGUAAUAAAGCUAUUAAGAAGAUAGCCAGCAACUGUACUAAUUUGAAAUAUCUUAGUUUAAAGAGGUGUAAAAGGAUUAGUAAUAAAGUGCUGAAAAAACUCAAUUCAAAAAUUAAAAUCAAACGUCCAGAUUAUUCUGAUAAUGAAUUCUCCGAUUCUGAUUUACCUUCACUUAUUCCAAUCUUUACUGAUAGACAAAAUAAGAUAGCUAUAACCAGAUCCUUUAGAGACUACUAUUUGAAUCAUACAUCAGAUGAAAUAGAUCUUAUUUCUGUAAUUGUUAAUUAUCUCAGAGAGAAUCCUCCAAUGCAAGGGAAAAUCCUAGUAAAAGCAUUAAUUAAUAUAUCAUCAAAGUUUAAUACUAUUAGUAAGAGCUUUUUCAAUAAGCUUAAAAAAGAUUAUGGAAUACAUGAUCCUGUUGAGAAUCUCUAUAGGGAUAUAAUAGGUAAAAUAAAAUGUUUAGAUUUGCAAUUUUGCUAUAAAGGAAAGUGGCAAAGUUUAGAUACAAAAAUUAGCUUUGGACAUUCUCUCAAAACCUAUGAUAGCUAUGCUAGAAUUAUAAUAGAUGAUAUUGAGGACAUAAUUAGAUUUAUAAUUCAUGCUGUAAAAAAAAGUACUUCACACUAUAUUAUUUCUGAUUUCUACAAAUAUCAAUACUGUUAUACUAGUUCACAUAGAAAGAAGAGAAAAAAUAAAAAAGCUAAGGUUGCCAGAACAAUUUCAGUAUCUGAGUUAAAAUCUUCUGUUAGCGAUUUAAGUAAUUCUUCUAUAUCUAGUUCAGAAAUAGAAGUUAUACAUAUACAUAAGACUGGAGCAGUAAGAAAAUGUCCUAUUCUAAAGUAUAAAGUAAAAGACAAAGUUAAUUAUCAAG